AAGCCGAUAGCUUAUCAACCCAUUUCAGUACAUUGUACAAUACUGGAAACGUCUCGCCGCGCACUCCCCCACCCCAUAAGCGAUAGGCGGGGAGGCGCUGCUCCGGCAUGCAGGUGUCGCAUGGAUGGGGACGUGCUGCGCAAACACAAGGGCAGCGGAUGUAUCGACAACAGAAACGCCAGUGUCGGGCAUCCCGACUGAUUUCUAUCGCAUGUUCCAAAUCGUGUACAGCCAUUAGCCAUCGCAUACAGCCAGCUCGCGAGCCAACUGCUCCAUCCUCUCCCUUCCGCCCUUCCCCUGCGCAGGCGUGCGUGCUCCAGGCUACCGCCUACAUGGCUGUUGCCUGCGCGGUUGCCGUCCGGCCCCUGGUCCAAGUGGCCGUUGCCUCUGCCGUUUCCACCGCCGCCCCUGCCUCCUCGAAGCCUGCCGUCAAGCUCGCCGCCUCCGCCGUGUCCGCCGUCGCGCUCACCACCGUCUCUGUGUCCGCCGGCCUGUUGGCAACCACCGCUGUUGAAGAUCCACGUUUUCAUGCCGCGGACUGCCAGAGCCGUUCUGCUGAUGCGAGUGCGAGCUGUGAGGACCUUCAGCCCUCCACAUCCACAUGCACAUCAGCAGUAGCUGACGCCAACAGGCCCACCCGCCGUGUCAGGCGCAGCGGCUCCAAGGCCCAACGCCGAGGAUCCACCACGCUGACAGCUUCCGUUCCAUCCAUGGCGGCGGCCGUCGUGCUCCCACCCAAGAUCGCCCUGCGGCGGCACCAUCGGCUGCGCCUUCGGGCGGGACACAGCGCCACUGCUGCUGCCACUGACAAGACACCUCGGGAGCAGCCGGAUAAGCCCGCUGCAUUGCCGGAGGAUCUGCUCCCGGCCGACGCCACCUCCACCUCCAGCACGGGCAAAAUCUCCUCCGCCGCGGUGUGCUGCGGCCUGCUGGCGCACUGCAGCGCUGCCCAGCUGCACGCCAUCCUGUGCGGGCUAGUGCAAGCCGUGGCAUCCAGCAGCGUCAAGGGCAACAAUCGGAAGCUGCUGCUGGGCUCCAAGCUGCGCAAGCUGCUGGAGGGCGUGGGCGUGGCGCCGGCCAACGGCAAAGCCUACACCGCCGCCGACGUGGCGGCACUCUCCGGCCCCAAGCUGGAGCGGCUGCGGGCCACGCUGAAGUCGCAGCCGGGACUGCUGCUGUGGUUCCUGCUGUUUACCGCGCCCGCUGAGCUGCAGGCGCUGCAGGCGGCGCUGCUGCCGGGCGGCGCGGGCGACAGGAGCUUCGAGGAGUGGCGCGCCGCGAUUGACGCUGUGGCCGGCAGCGGCCACGAGCAGCUGCUGGCGGCGGCGCAGGAAGUGAGGGGCCGCCAGUCGGCGUGCGUUGAGGGCAGUACGGCCGGCAACACCGCCACCACCGCCACCAUCACCACCACCAACAACAACCCCGCCAGUCAUGGUGGCGUCUACACGGCGCUCACGGGCACCGAGGUUACCAGCAAGAAGCCCGCUGCAUUGCCGGAGGAUCUGCUCCCGGCCGACGCCACCUCCACCUCCAGCACGGGCAAAAUCUCCUCCGCCGCGGUGUGCUGCGGCCUGCUGGCGCACUGCAGCGCUGCCCAGCUGCACGCCAUCCUGUGCGGGCUAGUGCAAGCCGUGGCAUCCAGCAGCGUCAAGGGCAACAAUCGGAAGCUGCUGCUGGGCUCCAAGCUGCGCAAGCUGCUGGAGGGCGUGGGCGUGGCGCCGGCCAACGGCAAAGCCUACACCGCCGCCGACGUGGCGGCACUCUCCGGCCCCAAGCUGGAGCGGCUGCGGGCCACGCUGAAGUCGCAGCCGGGACUGCUGCUGUGGUUCCUGCUGUUUACCGCGCCCGCUGAGCUGCAGGCGCUGCAGGCGGCGCUGCUGCCGGGCGGCGCGGGCGACAGGAGCUUCGAGGAGUGGCGCGCCGCGAUUGACGCUGUGGCCGGCAGCGGCCACGAGCAGCUGGCGGCGGCGCAGGAAGUGAGGGGCCGCCAGUCGGCGUGCGUUGAGGGCAGUACGGCCGGCAACACCGCCACCACCGCCACCAUCACCACCACCAACAACAACCCCACCAGUCAUGGUGGCGUCUACACGGCGCUCACGGGCACCGAGGUUACCGGCAAGGCGGCGGCCAACAAGGAUCUGUCCCGCACCCGCACCACCAGCCACAGGAACCGGUGCGUGUCCGAGAGUGGCAGCACGCGCAACAAGAGCAGGAGUAGCAGCAGCAGGAGCAGCAGUACUCACAGCGUGGAGUACGCGGAGCCGAAGGCGGGCUGCUCCCAGCCCGCCGCCACCGUCCCGGGCUGCGUGCCUGAGAUCAUCAGCGCAGCUAUACCGCCGCUGGCUCCGCUAGCUCUGCACAUCCGGCGCGCCAUAGUGAAGGAGCUGCUGGAGGCCAGGCCGCCGGGCUGGAACACCUUUCUGUACUCCUGGCUGCAGGCGGCGGGGCUGUCCGAGUUCCUGCCGGCCAAUGGCACCUGCCGCAUGUACAUGGCAGACAGGAAGCAGCUCGUGCUCCGCGUGGGCGCGAUGCGCGAGGAGCAGGUGGACGCGUUCCUGACGUGCAUGUGCAAGGCGCACGGGCACAGCACGUGGCUCGCGCGCUACCUGCACAUGCUGGGGCCGGAGGUUUCGCAGCUGCUGUCCCAGGGUCGGUACAGCGACGAACUGCUGGCCGCGCUGCGGGCCGCCGGGCAGAAAACGCUGGCCGAUGCAGUCAUGGAGCACUUCUGGGGGCGGGACCCGGAUCCGGAGGACAGUGAGGCCGGCGAGAUGGAUGUCAAGCCGUGGGCGGAGCGCCUGGGACUGCUGAGGUUUGACAUGCUCGCGGAGCAGCUGAGGCUGCCGCCCAACGCCGACGGCUCCGUGAAGAACUUCAGCAACGGGCUGGUCUUCAAGGUCGACCCGCUAGAGGUGUGGAGCAAGUACACUGACGGAGAGCCGUCAGCAGGCGCGCUGAGUGGCAUGCGUGCCACCGACAAGGAGGCCCGCGACAAGCAGGUCAAGCAGCUUCGCGGCGUCCCGUUGCUGUACCUGUGGCGGAUAGGCGGCCGGGUGGUGUACGUGGGCAUGUCUGGGGGCUGGGUGAAGGGCAGUCGGAUAGCACGCUAUUUGGCAGAGGGCCCGGGAUUCAGCGAGUCGUCGAAGAUGCUGCCGUGGCUGACAGCCAUUGAUGAGGGCAAGGAGAUCGAGCUCCGGGUCAUCACGCUGGAGGGAUUGAAGGCAUUGGAGGGUAUGUCGGAGGGCAUGUCCGAGGAGGAGGUGCAGAAAAAGGUGCAGAAGAAGGUGAAGGAGCUCGAGAAGCACUUCCUGUGCCAUGUGGACUGCCCGUGCAACAAAGUUAACAACGGGUCUUACCGGGUUGAGACGCCCCGCCAGGGCCUCCUGGACAAACUCAAGGAGAAGUACAAGAUAAAAGUACGGCAACAAAGCGCAGGCCGGCAACCCCGCUGAGCAUCAGUCCAAGGAACAGCCCGAGUAGCCUGAGGUCUCGCUUCAGAUGCGACAAUCCAAUUGCGGCGGGUCGCCAUUGCACCACGGGCCGUUGCGGUGGCGUGAGCGGGCUGCAUGUGGCACAAGCCGGGGCUUUCAGGCAGGUCAGAUAGAAUCAUGCACCCGCGGCAUGCGGUCAGCGCACAAGCGGAGCUGCGGCCAGUUUGCAUGCAGGGGCGCUGCCGCACAGGGCCAGGCGCGUGUACGGUUGCUGCAGUUGUGUGCUUUUGCGCAGCUCAUCACGUAGAUUAGGUGCGUGUGUGCAUUUGCGGGCUGAACGCGGUUGGAACGAUGUGCGGGGUAGUGCAUGAUUGCUGUGGACAGUUGCAUCUUACGUUUCUUUUAUUUCUUUGUACAACUGUGGGCCUACCUCUUACCGAGAUUGAGCGAAACGGGAUGCGUAGGAUGUGCGUGGCAAGCUGAUGGCGGGUGGCGGGUGUGCAACCAGUAUGUGCGGGCAAGGAGAGCGUGCUGCCCUUCACAUGGAUGUUCUCCUGGUGCCAAGUUGUGUAUCGUCUAUUGUGGGCCAUUGCCGUGUGGAGGCGCUUAUCCCUAGUUAAAUGUUGUCUACCUGCUCAGCUCCCACAUUGGGUUAGGACUGAUAUGCACCAGCAGCACUCAUUGAUCAAACAGCAUGUAAAUUCAUGCCCAAUAGGUUGCCGGCGUAAUUGAUUGCAGGCUGGCAUGCGUGUGUUGUACCGGUAACUUGUAAGGCACAGACAGGCUGCAUGCAUAGCGGGCAGGUUUAGCAUGGCACGAAGACGCAUCCCGUUUGGUGUAGCCUUUGCUCACUGUGUUGAGGGGUUAGUGCGUCUGGUCGAAGCGUGCCGAUCCCGAUUGAGGAUGAGGCAAGCGCAGGCUUGGGCAGACGUACCGUAUCCGCCUUUAGAGAGAGUCUAAUGAAGGCGUGGAAGCAUGAGCGGCUGCAGUCUGAGCCAAGCACUUUCCCAUCAGACAACAAGCAACCAGGCGUGCAGAUGAGCAAGUACAAGCAUUGGAUGGGGCUGUGUGCGGAAGGCGCGGCACCACUGACCAUGCAAGGGCACAGUAGAGCAUUUUAUACCAGUUGCGCACCACAAGGCCUUGAUGAGGUUCCGCCUAUGCUGCUGGCCGCUUUCUGCCAACCGCGCCUAUGGACGACCUAGGGAGGAGAGGAUUUGCCCGUUAUGUGUUGCAAAUGAAGUCGAAGAUGAGGAUCAUGUGCUCAUGCGGUGUACGGCCUACGACCAGUUGCGUUCGGGUAGCGAGAUUGAUUGUACAGGCGGGAUGCAGGCCGUUAUGCAGAAUACGGACCCAGCCAGGUUAGCCGCAUUACUAGAUUCCGUUUGGGAGCACAGGAGCAGAAGCACCCCCAUUCGGGGGCCAAACCCUACCGCUACGCAGUACCCCGGCUUGCCCCCUCGGCCCAUCCCCUCUGUCCCAUUGCGCACCAUUGCAAGGCCAAGUAUGAAGGGAACUUAGCCCCUGAGCCGAGCUAUCGGCUAUGGGUUCAUUCCCAACGUCCAGUUCAGCGCGCAGUUGUGCGAACGGGGUGGGAUGGGGGUGCGGGGGGAGGGAUGCCCGGACUGUGCGGGGAGGCGCCGGUAGGCGCCGGUGAACACAAGCGCGUUGGUGAGCCAAAGGCGAGAGAGCGCGGGCGGGGGGGUGGGGUGGGGGGCCCCGAGAUGUUGCACAUGAUUUUGCACCACGAUAGUAUGCACCGUACCAAAAACUGUGUUGCAGGCGUUAUAAGGGCCCCCCCGGCCCGGGCCUCGGUUUCUACAAGGACAGGAACGCACAUCGUGCUCAUCACCUUGUAACCACACACAACAGGAAGCGUGGUGCGCAUGGGCGAAGGUCGCCAGCCAGUCUAGGGCCGGGCAGGGCGAGCGCAUGCUCAGUAGUAAGCGUAAGAACACAUUGGUUGUGUGGCCUUAACUAAAUGUACUACCCUGCACUACUUGCAAGCGGCAUUGCAUAGCCUGUGUCAAUAGGUUAUAGGUAGGCCCGUGGGCAGAGCUUGGGUUUGCUGGUGGGGGUGUGGCCGUGUGGAGCUGUGCUCUUGUAACCAAUAACAAUCUUGUAACCAACAACAACAGUGUUCUUGUAGAGAGCCAGCCGUGUAGGGCCGUGAUAGGUUGUCACUGGUGGUCGACAUUGCAAUGCCAUUUGCAAUCCAUGGAUAUGGCAAAUCGACUGUCACUGUAUGUGGCAAUGCGCGAUAAGUGCAGCGUAAGACUGCAAACAAGCUGCCUUAGAUUGCGAGCAGCCUGAAUCCUAACCAAAUGUGGACCCGCAAUGGUACAAAACUAGAUUCUGGGAGUCUGGGACUCAGUGGCCACACGGGGAUUUGGUGCGCCCUAGGACUGUGCUGGUUCAUGCAACAUGAGGCCCCUGAGCAACCUUACGCCAUAACCCUCACGGCGCAUGUCACUGUGCAGGACAGUUCAGGGUUGGUGUGCCGCAGAUUGCAGUGUGUGAAACAGCAGUGCAGGCCUAGUGCGCGGCGGCGCCACUUCUGCUGCAUUACCACACUGUGAUGCCAUAAAAAGCAGACUGAAAUACUGCGACACAAAGGCUACAGGAAAGGCGGGUUUGUGAAUGGAGUUGGCAGUGUCUGGCAGGCAGUGCCAGCGCACAUGACAGGGGACCGCAGGCCCACGUUGCACCAGCAACGGCAAUAGCGUCGCAUUGUGGCCUUGAGAUGUAGGCGGCGGCGACAGGCGGCGACGAUUGCGCAUGGCAGUGAUGGUCCCGGCAGCUUCUC